AAGAAACAGAAAUCACAAUUUCUUUUCUGCAGUAAUAGUUUUUGAUACAUUUUUGAUAAGAUAGAAUUUUGCCUUACUUGGAAAUAAUGGACAAUUACCGUUGCAAACGUUGCGGCAAUUUAGUGACACGAGGUGAGGAUCACACUUGCUUCCAUCACAAGAAAUUUGACUGUAGGUAUUCACUACAACGGCCAGUAGAAUCGGAUGAAAACCAUGAUGAAGUAAAAGACAAAUCUACAGAAAAUUCGAAUGAGGAUCAACAAAGGACUUCUUCUGAUAGUUCAUAUUUUAAUCCUCUUUCAGAUGUUCAGGGGAUUGAAAUCCAAACUAAAGAAAUUGCAUAUUUUACUGCUUCUUCAGAAAAUGUUGAAUACAGUUACAGACCUGUCCAGUCUUUGAAAAAGGAUAAAAAGGAUUUUAUGGAUGUUAUAGAAUAUGUUAUCAGAAAUGCUCUUUCAGAUAUUAAUAAUAAUGUUUCUGGAACUGCGAAUUCAACUGAGAAUCCUGAUCUGCCACCAGGAGAUGACGAGCCCAAAAAUUGCAAAAUGCGAGUGUCAGAAUCUGUAAAUGAUGAACAUAUUUCAUCCGAAGUGCACUCUCAGGUUCACAGUAAGAAGACGAAAGUGACUACCUACGUGAAGGAACUUCAUUCUACCAAAAAAGAUGACAAUGCUGUGGCUGGACCUUCCGGAGUCCGUUCUUGUCAGAAGAAAUUUCAUAAGACAUUCGAUACGAAAUAUACUACUGAAACUCGUCCUCGUGCACACACUGACUAUAUACCCUUCAUCUGUAAUAUAUGUAAUAAACAAUUCUUUCUGAAAUCAGCUUUCGACGUACAUUACAGAAUCCACACCGGCGAAAAGCCUUAUGUGUGUGACAAAUGCGGAAAAAAAUUUAAUCAGAUAGGAAAUUUCAACGUACAUUGUAGAAGCCACACCGGCGAAAAACCUUUCGUGUGCAAUGUCUGUAAUAAAGGUUUUGCUAGUAAGAGUUAUCUGAUGAAACACUUUAGAAUCCAUACUGAAGGAAAGCCUUAUAAAUGUCCAGUUUGUGGAAAGACAUUCAUGACAAGCCGCGAUUGCAACGAGCAUCGCAGCAGAAUGCACGAGUGAAAUGUAUCAGUAAAUUAUAGAAAUAAUUAUUUUACACUUCUAUAAAACUUUUUUACAUUCUUUAUCAAAUUAGAAUGAAUUUUAAGUCAAAGUUGUCACAAUUUUAUUUUUAAAAUCAGUCCAAGAAUUUUACUACUUUGCGGAAGUAUAUUUCCUGAUAUCAGACCUGUAAGAUAUUAUUAUUUUAUUAAUAAUUGACAAUGAAAAUAUACUUUCAGCUCAAAUGCAUUUAUAUCUAAGUGUUUUACCAUUGUUUCUAUCUUUUAAAAUUGUUUUAAUUCUAUUAAAAAUUUAGCCAAUUUAUAUAAAAAAAUACA